UCUGCCGCUGCCGCUGCCGCCGCUACUUCAGCCGCCGCCGCCGCCGUCGGGGCUUGUUAUUUCUAAAAUGGCGCCCCUAGACUUGGACAAGUAUGUGGAGAUAGCGCGGCUGUGCAAGUACCUUCCGGAGAACGACUUGAAGCGGCUAUGUGACUAUGUUUGUGAUCUCCUCUUAGAAGAGUCAAAUGUUCAGCCAGUAUCAACACCAGUAACAGUGUGUGGAGACAUACACGGACAGUUUUAUGACCUUUGUGAACUAUUCCGAACUGGAGGUCAGGUUCCUGACACAAACUACAUAUUUAUGGGUGAUUUUGUAGACAGAGGUUACUAUAGUUUGGAGACCUUCACUUACCUUCUUGCACUAAAGGCUAAAUGGCCUGAUCGUAUUACGCUUUUGCGAGGAAAUCAUGAGAGUAGACAGAUAACACAAGUGUAUGGAUUUUAUGAUGAGUGCCAAACCAAAUAUGGAAAUGCUAAUGCCUGGAGAUACUGUACCAAAGUUUUUGACAUGCUGACAGUAGCAGCUCUAAUAGAUGAGCAGAUUUUGUGUGUUCAUGGUGGUUUAUCUCCUGAUAUCAAAACACUGGAUCAAAUUCGAACCAUUGAACGGAAUCAAGAAAUUCCUCAUAAAGGAGCAUUUUGUGAUCUGGUUUGGUCAGAUCCUGAAGAUGUGGAUACUUGGGCUAUCAGUCCCCGAGGAGCAGGUUGGCUUUUUGGCGCAAAGGUCACAAAUGAGUUUGUUCAUAUCAACAACUUAAAACUCAUCUGCAGAGCACACCAACUAGUGCACGAAGGCUAUAAGUUUAUGUUUGAUGAGAAGCUGGUAACAGUAUGGUCUGCUCCUAAUUACUGCUAUCGUUGUGGAAAUAUUGCUUCAAUCAUGGUCUUCAAAGAUGUAAAUACAAGAGAACCAAAGUUAUUCCGGGCAGUUCCAGAUUCAGAACGUGUUAUUCCUCCCAGAACAACGACGCCGUAUUUCCUUUGAGGCCUUAGCCCAUCCUGCUGACCGGUCACAUUUUUCUGCCCUCUUCUUAUCCCGACUUUUGUGUAUUACCCUCUAUAAUAUACUUUUUAUUGAGCACUUUGCUGCUGAAAUGCUGCCUCUUGCCUUUUUUUUUUUAAUUUUAAAUUAUCUAAAUUUAUUGUUUGUUAUGGUGUCUAUAGCAAUGUUUUCCUAUCAGUUUUCUCCCCAUCCCAUCCCCACCUUGGACUCAUCUGAGAAGACUUGAGAAAUAUCUUAAUACUCAUACUGCUGCAUGUAGCUCUUGCUUAUUUACUGGUCUGGGGGAAACAAGAUGUGUUUCCUUUUUAUAAAAAGCCAAUUGACAGAAAAGACUACACUGAAAUACUCCUCCUUUUGUAUCAUUCAGCCUUUUGUUUUAGUUUGGUAAGUUUUAAGAAAUUUCAGCAGCAAAGUUGUUAUUCAGUGGGCACGAUGGACUGCAAAUGCCUAGAGUUAUGUAUACUUGUCCCAGCUGUAAACUUCAUUGUCCUUUGUUGGAUGAUAUUUUAAAUGGAUAAAAAAUAAAUUGGUCUAAAGGGCUGCCCUCCUUGUUGUGUUUUUAAAUUUCAGUUAAAAACUGCUACAGUUUAUGACUUUGUACAUUAAGAUAAUUGUAUUGAUCUUUUUUCAGAUUCCUUGUAUUUUUUAAUAAAGUAAUCUUAAAUA